AUGCCACCCUUCAAGGUCAUCCACGGCACGCAGCUUGCCGGCUCGCUCAAAGAUACCCUGGCAAAAGAGCGGCCCACAUCGAUCAAAUGGGCAUGCUCUUGCCGUGGUAUGCACGUACCAAUUACUAUUACUGCAUUUCCAUUCACAGCGCCAGACUAUCCAACCCAAACCUUCCACACCUUUACCCUACUUGUUGAUGAUGUGACCGCUCUUCCAGGAGUCACCAUCCCAGAGAUUGAAGGAGUAGCUCGGAAAGCAGCUGCCUUACUAUGGCAAGCGUCGACAUGGGAUUUCGAGAGCACUGCUGUGGCAAUCAACUAUGGUUGUGGUAUAGCUUCAUCCUUGCAGGCUACCCUGGGAUCAAAUGAGCAGCCGACUCUACCAUACGGUGGUGAUCGUCAUCAAUCGGCACAACCAGUGAAGAAACCUAGGACACCCGCCACCAAAGCAGUUGCGUGGUCUCUGGAGAUACAUAAGGCGGAGCACCUUGCUGAGAAGCUCGCGUCAAGCAUCCGCUGUGGAUACAGAUCGUUUACGUGCGCGAAUCCGAUCCAACGUAGAGACUGGGCCAUUGACAUCCGCCAAAUCAAGCCAGUGUCCGGCAGUGAAUCCGCUUUAGGACUCGCAAUGCACUUCAUGUCGCUCAAAGAGAAGGUUCAAGAUCGCGCGUGGGAAUGUACCUUGCUUGCUACGCUUGCUGGUCACUUAGUAGGCAAACCGGCCAAUUUCAAGGAUAGCAGAAGCGACCGGUUUCGACACCGUCUGUGGAUGGACGUCGUACUUGGGCUGGUCAACGUUGCCCAUCGUGACAUCGGCCAGGAAGCAUUCAAGCUGUUGGGUGCUUUACGAAUGUCAAAUAGCGGCGCAGGCAGCUUCCAUGCUGCAUUGUUCAAGUCCGCGAAUAAGUCCGUUGCUCGGAGAGUGCCAGCGUUGGCCUGGAAGAAGAUUGCGGCACAACUAUCGCAGCCCUGGCGUAAUAUACCCGGAUCACUAGCUAUGGAUCCAGCGAGAAUGCUGGCUGGGCCGCACCUGAGCUACGAGGACGUGCGGACGACUCUGAGCCUACCACUAUUCGCAGCACACGAAAAUGCAAGCUCACCACCACCACCGCUACCACUGUUGUCAACAUUUGAGUAUGGCGCGGAGCCUGCAAGCUACCAGAACUUCCUGCUUCUGGAUGGUUCGGUGAAACCAGAUGACGAAAACCAAUUGUGGACGAUGGAGACAAUACCCUUGGGAUGGGAGAAUGUCGACUGGCCCGAAAAUAUAGCGGACAGCCUACCGGUAUAUAACAAUUUGCAUUAA